GUUUACGAAUGCGAUUAACGAUAUGCAUUUCGACCGUAAAAUAUUUAAUUUAUCUGAAAUGGAUGGGCUUGAUCAUCAAACUAAUUACUUGAGACGUUUUGCAUUUAUGUUAUGACUAAUCAACUUGAGGGGAAGUCAUUUCUGCUUGACAGAUGAAAAACAAAAUGGAGAGAUUUUUCGAGGAAAAAGUUGUUCCAGAUGUUAUAGACGCAGCCCCGCUUCAGUUAUUGGGGGUAACAUAUGAUGAAACACUCUCCAUAGAACCAGGUGUAAUAACCACACCAACACAAGUACAAAAUGAACCAGCAAUAAAGUUUGAUGGUGAACCUGGAAUAUUUUAUACAUUAAUCAUGCAUGGUAUGUAUCAGAGACUACCCAUUGAUCCUGAUGCACCAUCGCGGAAAAAUUCUAUAAAUGGUGAAUGGCAGCAUUGGUUAGUAGUUAAUAUUCCUGAAGGUCGAGUCAGUGAAGGGGAUGUUAUAUCGGAAUAUAUUGGAGCUGGUCCACCCAAAGAAACGGGUUUACACAGAUAUAUAUUCUUGGUAUAUAAACAGAAAAGUCGACAGGAUUUUGGUCUACCAAGAUUAUCCUGUUCCACGAUGAAAGGAAGAGCAAAACAAAAGGUGCGGGAGAUCUGUUCUAGAUAUCAUUUAAGAACUUUAGUUGCUGGAAAUUUCUUCCAGUCAGAGUGGGAUGACUAUGUACCAAAACUUUAUGCAAAAUUUAGAUAAUAUUCUUCAAUAUGAUUCGGCACUAAAUCUAUUUUUUAUGAAUCUGGAUUUCAUGAACUUCAUUAGAAAUGAUGUUACUUUUGAUAUUAUUAAUUUAUUGUAUAAUUGCAAACUCUUACUAUGCACACAGGUUGUUGGAUGGCCUAUUAUGUUAGACUAGAAGUGUAUGUCAAAGUUCAUAUGAUAAAGAUUAUCUUGUUGACUUGUCUUCUAUGCUUUCUAAACCUCUUGGAUUUCUUGGUUGUGUCGAUUGGAAGUUGGAUUAAUUUUCCUUGGUGCCUUUGGAGAAGAUCAAAAUAGUAUGGGUAUUUGUUGUUAAAGUCGAAUACUCGGUAUCCAGAAGUAUAAAAUAUCUAGAUAUGAAAAUAUAUGAGAUCAAAUUCUGAUAAUAAUGUUUUAGAAGCUUAUUAAUGGCUAAUGGCACUUUAAGAGGCAGUAUGCAAGAACUAGACUCCCGAUAAAAGGACUGAAAAUCAAGACUUUGUUUAUUAUGUUUUAGUGGUACUUGACAAUCGAGAAUAUAAAAUUAAAUCUGCAUUCAUCGGAGACAAUUUAGUGAUAUAUUUGUCUUAAACUUCAAACAUUCGGAAUAAUGAAAUUUGACUAAAAUUUUCAAUAUAUAUUCAUUUUUCAUUAUUGAUUUUGGAAUUAUUAUAGCAAGAACAACCCAGCUCUCAAAAAAUGUAUAUUUAAGUUACGGGCUUAAUGCAAUCUAAUGUUGUGUUAAAGUAUAUUAAGUUUACAAUUAUUUAUUUAUAUUAUUAUAACAAGAACAGCCAGCUCUGGCAAAAUGUAUCUUUAAGUUAUGGGCUUCAAUGUAGUCUGUUAUUAUGUUUAAUGUACUAAGUUUACAAUUAUUUAUUUAUAUUGUUAUAUUUUAUCUUUGUUACCUUGUAAUUGAUAUUUAUUGAACAGAUUGUAAAUCUUUAAUAAGGGCAUAAUUAUUGUUUUAUUUCUUAGAACAACUCACAAGCAUGAAAAUAUAACACCUGUCACAGACAGGCAUAACUUCAGGCUUUGUUGGCACAAUCUCUCUGGUGCCUGUCAUUUUGUCAGAUAGAGAUUUUUACUUUUAUCAUUCCUUUUAUUAUGAAUUCAUAAUACAUGUCUGGCACACGUUUCAAAAUGUCAUGCACUCUCGGGUAAGUUGAUAUUAACGCAGGGACCAUACAAUAUAAAAACAUUUAUAUUUUCAUAAAAUUUCGUCAUUUCUCAUAAAAUUAUCAUAAAAUGGAAAAAUAUCAUAAAAAAUAUAAAAUUUCACUAUUUCUCAUAAAAUUAUCAUAAAAUGAGACGAAAUGUUUUCAAAAUACAAAAUAAACCAUAAAUCGCUACUCCCAAUAAUAAAUAUCUAUACUAAUGAAUAAGAAAAUCAUCCAGGCAUUUUCUGACCCCCAGCUUGAUGCUCUCUUUCAUAUUCAAUUUGAUAGUUUUCAGUCAAUGUGGGUAUAUGAACAUAGGAGAAGAUGACUGCGACUAUUAAUACCACCAGUGCUACUGGUGGGACGUUGUUACCCGCAUAAUACUUGCUGAACACUACUUCAUGGACCGGAGAAAAGUUAGUUACUGUCAGUGCAGUUCUAUAAAAAAAAAAUCAUAUUUGAUAUUGAUAAAAAAAUAUAAAGUUAUGAAAUGUGAUAAAAACAUUAUAAAAAUAUCAUAAAAUUUCAUAAAACAUCAUAAAAUAAUCAUAAAAUUUGAUUAAAAAAUAUCAUAAAAAUCAUAAAAUUCCACUAAAAGGAUUCAAUAAAAUGUAAAUUUUUGACAAAAAUUUGUUCAGGCCAAUUACGGUCCCCCUAUUAACAUGAAUAAUUGUUAUAUAUAUAUCUAUUCAAGUCUGGUUGUUAUUUUGAAAGCACUAAGUCUGAACAUUGAUGUUGGAUUUUAUGUUCUCCUGUGAAAUAUAUUAUCACAUUAAAUUCAAUUUGCAAUAAUAUUAUUAUUUGCAAUAAUAUAUAUCAUGAUUACACCCUAAAUCUUUCAUUAUAUUGUAAAUAUAUCUCAUCUAUCAUUAUUGUUGUUUUCUUUUGUUAUGAUCAUAUUCUACAUUCCAUCGUGAUUGUCAUCAAUGUUGUAUCAUUAUAAUCUUGUUUUAAAUUUAACAUAAUUAUAUCCUAAAUCCAUCAUGAUUUACAUAAGAAAUCUAUUGUGAUUGUAUAUAAAAUCUAUUGUGAUUGUAUAUUAAAUCUAUUGAGAUUGUAUAUUAAAUCUAUUGUGAUUAAAUAUUAAAUCUAUUGUAAUUGUAUAUUAAAGCUAUCAUGAUUAAAUAAUAAAUCUAUUGUGAUUGUAUAUUAAAGUUAUCAUGAUUGUAUACUAAGUCCAUCAUGGUUACAUUAGAAAUCGUGAUUGUAUAUUAAAUCUAUCAUGGUUACAUUAGAAAUCGUGAUUGUAUAUUAAAUCUAUCAUGAUUACAUUAGAAAUCUAUAAAGAUUGGAUAUUAAAUUUAUCUUGAUUUUAUAUUAAAUCUAUCUUGAUUUUAUAUUAAACCUAUCAUUAUUAAUUUUUAUCAAUAUGAUUAUUUUCUCAAACCUAUCAUGAAUGUAUACUGAAUAUUAACUAUAUUCUCGGUCAGGGCAAGCGUAUGUGUGUUGUCUAAUCAUGAAGUCAGCUUUCAUAUACCCAUAUUGUAAUGUACAUGUCCCCCUUUAUGUUUAUCCAUUAGUCCAUCUGUCAUUUAUAUUCCUUGUUAGCACAAUAGAGGCUACAAUAAUCCAUAUAUAUUCGGACCGGUUGUUUAUCUCAUUGAAAGGAAGAAACCUUUGUCAAAGUGUUUUUUUCAAUAUUCACCUCCAGAGUUAUGUCAUAUAGUAAUACAACAGAGGGUGAUCUUAUGGACAAGAAACUCUUGUUAUUAACCUAUCUUUCUAAAAUUUAUAUUGUUUGUCUUUCCAUUGUAUUUAAACAAUGAAUGCUACUGAUUUUCACCAUUUUUUGUAAUAACUUCCAGGGUUAUCUCCCUUUGUUAUGAAAUCCUUUAACCCUUUGAACAGGAGAGACUGUGGUGUUCUUAUGGCCACGAUAUGACAUCAGAUGCCCAGACAACAAUUGUUGGUACGACUAACACCACAAGGUGGAAUACUUGGAGAUAAAGCAAAGAAAGCAAUUGUGUAGUUCACAUUAUACAAGCGGCCAGUUUACCUGUCGCAACCUUCAUUUAUUAAACAUCCAGUCAUCGGAUGUCUUGGUCCCAGGAAUCCUGUGUAGAGGUCACAAAACUUUUAGGGACUCGGUGGUCAAUGGGUUACAUAUGAUGACCUUUUUGAAAUUUGUAGGAGUUUAACUCACAACUGUUUGGAUGACUUAGCUGCUGGUGGGUUUAUGUUUUGUUGCUUGGCAACCAAUGUUUAUGUUAAAUUGGUGCCUGAAUAUAUUAUAAGAUUAAUGGUGCUUGGUUAUGAUUAUGAAUAAAACAAAUUUUCUCAAUCUA